AUGGGAAACCAGACAUCAGUGAUAGAGUUCAUUCUUCUGGGUUUGACAAAUGAUGUCAGGCUCCAACCGGUGAUUUUCCUUUUUCUGCUGCUAACUUAUAUCUUGAGUAUCAUGGGAAAUUUGACCAUCAUCGUUUUGACUCUGCUGGAUUAUCGUCUCCAGACGCCAAUGUAUUUCUUCCUUCGGAAUUUUUCUGUUUUGGAAAUAUCAUUUACCUCCGUCUUUGUUCCCAAAAUGCUAGUUAAUAUUGGAACUGGGAACAGAACUAUCUCUUUUGCUGGUUGUUUCACUCAGUAUUUCUUUGCUAUCCUUCUCGGAGCGACUGAAUUUUACCUUUUAGCUGCCAUGUCUUAUGACCGCUAUGUCGCAAUUUGUAAACCCCUCCAUUACACUACAAUAAUGAGCAAACAACUCUGCCUUCAACUUGUCUUAUGCUCCUGGUUCUCUGGGUUUUUAGUCGUCAUUGUUCCACACAUAAUGACUCUGCAGUUACCUUUCUGUGCAUCCAACAUCAUUAAUCAUUAUUGUUGUGACUACACUAUCUUGUUGCAUUUGGCCUGUGCAGACACACAUUUAAUAGAAGUGAUAGAAUUUGUUGUGGCUGUGAUCACCCUCAUCUUCACCUUGGUAUUAGUGAUUCUUUCCUACACAUACAUUAUCAGGACAAUUCUGAGAAUCCCCUCUGCACAACAAAGGAAAAAGGCAUUUUCCACAUGUUCUUCUCACAUGGUUGUGGUCUCACUUUCUUACGGAAGUUGUAUUUUCAUGUAUAUAAAUCCCUCUGUUAAGGAUGCAGCAACUUUUAAUAAGGGAGUAGCUGUUUUAAAUACCUCGGUUGCUCCUUUAUUGAAUCCCUUCAUCUACACUCUAAGAAACAAGCAAGUGAAAACAGCCUUCAAAGACAUGUUCAGUAAGAUGAAGUUUUUUUCAAGAAAGUAA